AUGUGCCAAAUCAUAAUUGAAGAAGUUGAGGUACAUCAGAAGAAGGCAGAAUCUAAGUCACCAAAACCAAAGAAAAAGCCACCCAGUGACACUGACAGGGCAGCAAAAAAGAUCCAGGCCUGGUGGCGGGGCACACUAGUACGCCGCACACUACUGCAUGCUGCCCUCAGAGCUUGUAUCAUUCAGUGCUGGUGGAGGAAGGUGCUGGCAAGGAUGCUGGAGAAGAGGCGGCUGACGGCACUGGAGCUCUGUGUACGGCAAGAAUGGGCAGCCAUAACGCUGCAGUCCUGGGUUCGCAUGUGGCUCAUCCGCCGCCGUUACUGUCGUUUGCUAAAUGCUGUCCGCAUCAUCCAGAUCAACUGGCGCUGGCAUAGUUGCCAUACCCGUGGCUUUUUCCAUGGCACUUAUGAACUCACAACAAGCCAGCUAAGACUUGAGCUUGACAUCAUCCUGGGAUCACAGAUUUGCCGGAUCACAGACUGCAUCCCCUUCCCAAUAAAGAAUUGA